AAGAAACUUAUUAAAUAAAGGGAUGUAGUUGAGAGGAAUUAAAGUAUUAAAGAGGAGAGAUGAGAAAAUUAAAGCGUUUGUGAUUAAAAUUAAGGAUUUAAAAAUUAAGAACUUUAAAAUCUAGGUUAACCAGCGAUGUCUGGAAGCUCUCAACCAAGCAUGGCUCGAGUCCUCACUAAUAGCACAAGGAUGGCUCGAGGCUUGACAAAUGAUGAUUCCUGCCCAUGUUGCCAGCAUGGUAGGGAGGAAAUUGUUUCCGAGAUUGUGAAGGCUCGAGAAGACUAUGGAGGAAAUGGAUUGGCGAUAAUCUUUGGCAACAUUGAACAAGGCUUACCAUGGGACCUUGCCUUUGUUGCCAUCUGCUGGUUCAUAUGGCUAGCUCGUAAUAAAGCAAUGUUUGAAGGUGAUAGAGAAUGGAUAGUUGCAAAGGAGGCAAUGCUAAGAUUUCAUCUAGUAGAAGCUAGAUAUAUUUUGAAUAGAAAUCCACCCAUUGGAACUUUACGGUAUGAUGAACUGCUUGUUAGGUGGGAAAAACCUCCUCCAGGGUAUGUGAAGAUCAAUGUGGAUGGCAUAGCUAGAGGGACAUCGAGAGCUUCUGCAACAAGUAGUGUGUGCGGGGACUCUAAUGGGGACUGGUGUUUUGGAUUUACACAACAAUUGGGUAUGGGCAUCACUAUACGUGUGGACUUAUAUGCUUCAUGGAAAGGUGUGCAAUUGGCCUGGGAAAAAGGAUACAAGAAAGUAAUCAUUGAAGCAGAUUCUUUACUAGCCAAACAAAAAUUGGAGCAACAUGGUGGCGCAACUAACUUGCUCUUAGUGCUUUGUAGGGGGUGCAUUGAGCUGUUGAACCGUAACUCAGAUUGCGAGUUAAGACAUGUUUUUCGUGAAGCAAACUCAUGUGUAGACGUUAUGGCUUCAUCUUUCUAUCAUUUGGAGCCAGGAUUGCACUUCUUUGAGGAACCCUCAGAUGGAGUUAGGACUACACUUAGAGAGGAUUUAUUAGGAAUGUGUAAGCCUAGAGCUUCUCGAUUAUUUAGUACUUAAAACAUUGUCCAAUGUAUAUAAAAAAAAAAAAGAUAUUUAGAUUUAUUAUAAUUUAUAAAAUAAAAUUUAUAAUUUUUU